ACUCUAUGGAUCAUGGAUGUGUAUUUCCGGAAAUGACGAUCUUCAUUAAAUGGUUCAUCCCAGUGGAAGUGGCGUCAUUGUGAAAAUGCUCUAUCUCCACCCAUUCUCUUGACGUCUCCAGUUCCACGUCUUCUUGUGUGUGUGUGUCCCGGGCCGGUGUGCGGCUUCCCCGAGGGGAAGGAGGAGGAGGGCCGGAGUCAUGGCGGCGGUGUCCGGUGCAGGUGGUGGAGCGCCGGUGCCGGUAGCCGGUGUGCGGGAGGGCGCCCGGGUGGCGAUGCUGUGCGUUCUCUGGUACUCGGUAAGCUCCGGCGGCAACGUUGUGAAUAAGAUCAUCUUGAACGGCUUCCCUUACCCAGUGACUGUGUCCCUCUUCCACAUCCUGGCCAUCUGCUGCUUCCUGCCCCCAAUGCUCCGGGCCUGGGGGGUCCCCCACACCCAGCUACCCUCCCGGUAUUACCGCUGGUACAUUAUCCCGCUGGCCUUCGGAAAGUAUUUCGCCUCCGUGUCCGCGCAUUUCAGCAUCUGGAAGGUGCCCGUGUCUUAUGCACACACAGUAAAGGCCACAAUGCCAAUAUGGGUUGUGCUAUUGUCAAGAAUAAUAAUGAAGGAGAAACAGACUACCAAGGUGUACGUAUCCCUGAUUCCAAUAAUAGGAGGGGUCCUGCUGGCCACAGCCACCGAGAUCUCCUUUGACAUGUGGGGUCUGAUCAGUGCUUUGGCCGCCACACUCUGCUUUUCUCUGCAAAACAUCUUCUCCAAGAAGGUUCUAAAGGAUUCCCGGAUACAUCAUUUGCGGUUACUAAACCUCCUAGGCUGUCACGCUGUCUUUUUCAUGAUCCCCACAUGGGUGCUACUAGACCUUUCAUCAUUUUUAGUGGAGAGCGACCUGGCUUCCGUAUCCCAGUGGUCAUGGACACUUCUUCUCCUAGUCAUAAGCGGAACCUGUAACUUUGCUCAGAACCUCAUUGCUUUCAGCAUCUUGAAUCUUAUAAGCCCUCUCAGCUAUUCUGUAGCAAAUGCCACCAAAAGGAUCAUGGUCAUUACAGUUUCUCUCAUUAUGCUUCGUAAUCCUGUGACCGGCACCAAUGUUCUUGGAAUGAUGACUGCAAUUCUUGGGGUCUUUCUUUAUAACAAGGCCAAGUAUGAUGCGAACCAAGAAGCAAAGAAGCAGUUACUUCCUCUUGUGUCCGGAGAAAUCCAGGGUUUGGACCACCAUCGUGAACUUCCUGAAAAGCUACAGAAUGGCAUUACUUCCUUUACUCCUGGAAGGGACUACCAGUAUGGUCGGACCAACGUACUGACUGAUCACUUUCAGUAUAGUCGGCAGAGUCACCCCAAUACACACAACAGAUAUGAUGUCUGAAACAUCCAUAUCCAUCUAUUUAUAUCUAUUGAGCAUUCCCAAAUCCCCUUCCUGCGUGGCAUCACUACAUCCAAAAAAAGAGGCAAGAUCUCUCCUACACUCCAUCCAGUUUGCCUCUCCUCUUAUUGAAGUGAAGUAGCGGGGCUGCUUGUUCAUGAGAAGUGGAGGAGCUACAGGAAGGAAGUAUUCUAUAAGGCAUGGUCAAGUCUUUGUUUUUGCAGUGGGUCACAUAUGUUUCUGUAAACAUUAAUGUUGGAUUGCAAAUUCUAAUCUAUGUCCGGACUUUCUGAGGAUCAUCUUGAGGCAGCCAUUUUUUUAUUUUUUUUUUGUAUAUUAUUAUUAUUAUUUUUUUUUUGCACAUCAAAUGUAUAAACAGACUAAAAGCCAAAUAGUGGCUAAUUUUUGUAUUUUAAAAAUGUACACAAAGUGGUUGUGAUUAUCUUUCCAUAGUUCUGUCUGAAUUAGGGUUUAGAUAGAUUAAUGCAUUUUAAUUAGCGUUCAGAUGUGGAGUUGAAGGUUUACUCUACUGAUGUACUUGUAACUGUGAAAAGAACUCAUAGCAACCAAUUGGAUUCUAAGUACGAUAAUCUUAGUAGACUUUGUACAAUAAAAGAUAACUGAUUGGUGUGGAUUACAGCAACUUUUUGCAGUUACAUAUACACCCUCACUAUUUUGUACAUAGAAACCAGCACAAUUGUCCCUUGAAAUAAAAGACCCUAGGGUCUAUUGUGAUAUAAAUAGCACAACUGAGAUGUGCCCCAUCGUGACUAAUCAAGCAUUGGCUUUGAUUGGUCCUAGGGCAAGAUAAACUAUGAAAGCAAAUUUCUGAUUGGUGUGUAUAUAACAGAAAAAAGUGUGCUGUUCGUGUAUUAUUACAUUAUUACAUAAGGUGUUUAGACACUGAACACCCUGAAUCUUUUCAAAUAUUAUGUAAUGGGGGUCCAUAUAUCUGAGGUGGAUUUCGCAAUUCCCCGUUCUGUCGACAUGUUUGAAAUCCUUGAUUUCCUGAUACUGACCGAGAAAUCAUCGAUGGCCGCCGAUCGGCAGCUUUGAUCAGCAUGGAGGAAUCGUGGUGCUGAUAUAUGGUCUUGCUUGAGGCUUGGAUAAGAUUUUUAUAUAUGCAGAGGUAAAUGGACAUUGCAUAAUGGUGAAGUGGAUAUACCUGUAAUGUUUGUGCACAUAGCUGAAGAAACCUGCCUUUAGCUAAGCUCAGGCAGCAUUUGUUUACAGACUGUUCUGAAUGUAAAUGGUUUAACAGACGUGGGGUAGGAACUGUUACAUGUAUCUAAAGAAAAUCUGAUGUUGACCAUAGCAACCGAUCAGACCUUUGCUUUCAUCCUCUAAAAUGCCCUGAAAAAAUGACAGAAUAAAUUCAUGCUGAAUAAAUAGUUAUUUAUCUUGGUAUAUUUAGGGAUUACUGUUAAUGACUGGUCCACUUUAAACAGAAUGGCAUCUUUGGGUGUAAACUGAAAUGUCUUGCCUUUCCCUUGCUUUAAAGUAUUAUUGGCUUACACACCUCCAAAAGUAAAGGCCUUCUAUUAAUAUGUUGGAUUUUCCUAUGCAGCUUCUGUUACAGGCAAGGGUUAUCACCAGAUAUGGUAUGCGCAACAAACCAACAUUUCCAUAUCUCUUUGCUUGAGCACGGAGAGCCAGAAUAACUGUGAGCUUAUAUUUAGGAGCUGCCUUAUUGGAUAGUCUUUAGGACUAACGUUAAACACCCGUUUUUAAAGAAUUUUUUUUUUUGUCCAUAUUUUGUGUAGUGUAAGUAGAGAUCGGAAAAAGUAGGGAUGGCUACUUUACCAUGCUGCUAGAUAAACAAUGCCUGUAUGAGAUGAUUGAUCUAUGUUGCUAUAUUUUGCCUUCAGUGACAGUUGUGCAUAUCACAGAAAACUGUCACACUGACUCAUAACACAAAAUUGGACUAGCUUUCUUUAAGAACUGACAGAAAUGGGUGAACCUGACAGGUGCUGUUGUUGAGGCAAUACUUGCAGAAUCACUGGUAUCCUGCCCUCUACCCCAGGGCUAGAUUAAGGCUUAUAGGAGCCCUGUAGCAAACUAAGAUGUGGCAGCCCCCACCUAAAAAAACUGACACAUGCCUGCUGCCUCCCACUGCCAUUAUUAGUAUGCCCCAGGGCUCUUACGUUAAUAGAGUGCAGCUUGGUGUCGGCUGGCUUCUGGGUUCUUCUGUGACCAGGAUUCGGCACUGCACAGCAGCAGCACUAAAAUGUAGUGAAGCCAUUGAUGUAUCUGGCAGUGUGGUGUGUGUCUGCUAACUUCCAGUUGCGCCAUUACACAGACCCACUUGCAGCACAAGUGGCUGAUACUGUAAGUGUGGCUUAGUGCCGGCCGGCUUCUAGUGUCAUUGUGUAUGCUGGUCCUAGAGACCCUGUUAGGCCGGCUGUCUCUCUGCAGCAGUUUUGGGGAGUGCAUCAGUGGUCACUGACCAGCAGAGCUGCAGCAUAUUACAUCAUGUCUGUACUGCUUGCCGGCAAGUGGAACCGGCUCUUCUGCUGAAAGCUGGCCAGGUUGGGGAAAUAUGUGAGGCAGGGUGGGGACCCCGAGGUGACUGCCCCCUUGUAAUCCGGCUCUGCUGUACCCCCAAUCAAAUGUAAGAUCCUAUUGAGAAAAUUCUGUACUCUAAACACCUGCCCUUUCAAGUGCUAACAUCAUGCGGACAUAUGUGCUUCCUCUGAAAGUUUGCCAUUUUUGACAACAAAGUAUUAUCCCUUUUUUAAAGCACAGAGCUAUUGGUUUGUGUACUUGAAAGGGAUUUUAUAACUGAAACCUCUUAUUUUAACAAUAGCCUAAUUGUGUGUGUAAUAGUGCGAGAGUUCUGAACAAGUCGAAUACCAGAAAGUAGGAUGUUGUAUGAUUGAUGCACAGAAUCCCAGGGCUGUCCAACUAGUAGAACUUUUAGUUAAGUAAUUGCUAGUACUGGUUUAGAACAACGGAAUAGCUAUUUGCUAAAAAUUGAUGUGUAGCUAUUCUAAAUUGUGCUUUGAUGCUAAAUUUUAAUUGUCUAAUCUGGAGGAUAAAUUUACAGUACUUUAGGGGUUCUGAAAAUGUUACAUUUUUGGGUGGUUUAAAAUCAAAGGUAUGAAAAUGGUCAUAAUAAUGCCCCCUUUCAAUACAUUUAAGAUUGAAGAAAGUUAUAUGCAAGGAUGCAUAAAUUCCCACUGAAACUGUUAAUGUUAUCAGUAUGGGGGGGAAAGAAUAAUUAAUUUCUGUACCCCUUCCAUCUCAUAAUACACUUCUUUAAGAAGUGUAUUAUGCUUCCUGAUUCUCUUUCUCCCCUCCCCAAUGUUCCUGGGUCAGACCUUGUUCACACUGCACCUUCAAUCCAGGUUAUUCCAGAGUCUGUCCUGUUUACAGUGAAGUCUUUCUGUUCUGCCGGCAUUUGGAGAUGACAUCAACUCCAAGUGCGUGAGAUCCAGCUCUCCAGAGGCUUGUAACAGGACCUGGAUCAGACGCGGGUUUACACUGCACCGUUACAGAGGUCUGAUUCUCGGGUAAAUGGACCAGGUUCUUUUUCUAGGUCCCUUUUCCACCGAACCAUGACCCUGAUAGUUCCUGCAAUAACCCAGGCGGCAGUGGAAAAGGGGUCUUGGUCAUAUCACACUUUGACAAGCAGUAGUUAGGAUUAUUAGCUAGUGUAGUUUGUGAGAAUGGAAAAUGAAUGUUAGGAAAACUAUUUUUGAAAUCCUUUGCUAAUCUGUUUUAGGUUAUGUACACACUGACAUUUGCAAUCUUCUCAAAACAAAACAUGUGAAAAUUCUCUCUCAUUGCAUUUAAAGUGUAUCCGAUUGAUAAGACUUAACAUUUUCAACUUUAUAUAAGGAAAUAGAUAACCCCAAGUUUAAGGUUAACUGUCCCAGAUUUCUAAUUAUGAGAAAUCUGCAAUCCGUACUAAUGUCUGCAUCUGAGAGAAUUGAAAUCUGUGUAGAGUACUAGAAUUUUUAUUUGGUCUACAGUAAUGAUUGGCUGUUUGCAGAUAAUUGUGGCUUACCACAAAGGAAGCAGUUUUACACGUCAUUUGUGGCUACAAAUAUGUUACAGCAACAGUAUAUAGUUACAAUCUUAUCUAACUGAAAACGAUUCAAUGUAAUUCUGCUUUUUUUUUUUUUUUCUUUACGAAAGCAAUAGUGUCUGAUGUUCUAUAUAGUAUACAGUCAUACACACCACACCACUCCUAAGAGAGAUGGGAUUCAGUUUUUCAGUUUUACUUCAAAAAUAAUAUUUGCCCCUUUUAACUUCAUAUACAACUCAAUCCAAGUGAAUGGUUGGUUGGACAGGAAACAAAUGCCCUAUGCAGUUUUUUAUUUCUGGUGUAUGGUUGUAGGGGACAGCUAGUUCUGACAGUAAAUAUAUUGUACUCAAGGUAUAUAUCAGGGAGUGUUUAUACAUAUUGGUUAUCAAUUCAGUAUAGCUCUCAACUUAUAGGCCCUACACACAUGCCGAUAUUCUGAAAGAUAUGAACGAUCUCGUUCAUAAAUUAAUAUCUUUCAGUGUGGAGACUCCAGCGAUGAACAAUGCGCGGCCCCGCGCUCGUUCAUCGCUGAUCUCCCGUCGGCUGUGCAUGCAGGCCAAUAUGGACGAUCUCGUCCAUAUUUGCCUGCACUUCAAUGCAGCCGGGUGACGGGGGGAGUGAAGAAACUUCACUCCCCCCGUCACUGCCCCCCCGCCGCCGGGUUGCUCGUCGGCCGUAUCGGCCGUCGGGCACCUCGGCGGCGCAUCGCCGAGUGUGUAGGGCCCCUUAGUGUUGGAAGACAAUUCCAGCUAUAUAAAUUAUGUGACCCCAAGUAUCGGAAGAUAAUUCUAAUUAUAUGAAUGUCUUCAAAAAUUAACUGAUAAUAAAACGUUUCAUCCUGUAUAGAACAUUUAAGUGCAUUAGAAAAUACUUCUUGUAUUGCAUUUUUUUUUCUCCCUCUAAUUUACUUCGCCCAUUAAUUGCUAAAUUCUGGUUCUCAUCACAUAUACUGAAGGUUGUGUGUGCAUGCUGCACUUGGUCCCAUCAAUACUUAAAGCUUCCCCAAGCCUUACCCAGACUAGGUAAAACACUGGCUUUAUAUGUAGAAUGAUGCUAUUUAUUGGCAGAUUGUGUAUAUAUUAAAAAGAAAAAAAAAGCGCUACCGUGUAUGUACAUAUGAUCAUUAAAUGUGUCCUAUACAAAAAUGGAGCUUUUUAGUGAACAUUUGAUGUUUGCAAUAUUUUCAAUCUCUAACUGUAUAAAUAAAUAUUUUGUUAGGUUUUUGUUUUUUUAUUUCAUUUUGGGUUAAAUGGGACUGAAUGAAUAUUUUUUUUUUUUUUUUGUUUGUUUGGUACUGUGAAUUGUGUCUUUAUUUGCCUGAGUUUUAUGGCUUGUGUCCUAACAAAGGAAAACCAGAAUAAAAAAAAAAUUGCUUAUUUAUUACUGAUUUAAAGACCUUUUUCUUUCCUUGUACAUUGUUUUUGCAUUGCCCCCCUGAUUAGGACAGGCGAUGUAUGCAUGUUUACAUUCCUGUGUUAGUUCUAUGUAGUAUUAAUGUAUGUUACAAUGCAGAUGCUUGGAUUACGUAUGUAAAUAUAAUAGCACUAAUAUAUUGUCUCUUCCAAUCA